UUUCUUUUUGUAUUCAAAACAUAUCCUUAUAUGGAAAUAUAAGAAUUCGAAACGGGUCUGUGCAAAACAAAUAUAAAUGCAGAACUAACGCAGCAUCAGUGGACAUAACAGUGCCAUCCCUUCUACGGAUAACACUUGUAUAGCUACUUGUUUCAGUGAACACAUCAAAAAAUGACUGGAUUUCUUCAGCUGUUGUUAUUUGUCAGCACGACCCUUGCCUCAGAGUCAUCGUGUCCAGUAUGCUCCAAAUACGACUACGAGGAAAAAUUGCUUGAGAGAAUGAUUCGCAUGGAGUUCGAUUUUAGAAAAGUGUUAACGGAAAACAAAGUUGUAAGCGAAACUGUUGAGCACGACCUAACAAAGAUCAAGAAAGAAAACAAACGCUUGUACGGCGAAGUUGAUGCCUUAAAGGCCGAACACGAGCAAGCAGAGCGUAGACUGAUUUUGCUCAUGGAAGAUGUUGUGAGAAACCAAAACAUCACACUCGAGCAAGCAGAGCGUAGACUGGUUUCGCUCAUGGAAGAUGUUUCGACCAAUUCCAACAAUACCUUGGAACGAAUAAGUGCCGCCUUCGACAAUAUAACAGAGCAAGCAGAGCGUAGACUGGUUUCGCUCAUGGAAGAUGUUUCGACCAAUUCCAACAAUACCUUGGAACUAAUAAGUGCCGCCUUCGACAAUAUAACAGACCAAAUUGCUACUCGUUCGGUGUACUUCCACGCCCACUCUCCACAGACUAGCACUCUGUCCACAGGUGAGGUGAUAGUGUACGAGAGAGUUAAGACCAACGAGGGCAACGGCUACAACGCCACAACAGGCACGUUCACCGCUCCAGCACAGGGACUCUACUUGUUCAUCAUGCAAAAAUGUUCGCCUCCUAAUAAAUAUAGUUAUCUCCAGAUAAUGAAGGAAGGUUCAGGCCUGCUAACAAGUGCACAUUAUGACGAAGACAAUCAUUCCUGUUCUAGUAGUCAGGCGUUUGUUCAGCUGGAUUUCGGAGAAACGGUCUGGAUACAUUGCUCCAGAGGGGGCCCAAACGCACAACUGUACGAGGAUUCUAAUCAUUGGAACAGUUUUGGUGGUGCUCUCUUUCACAUCUAACGUGCUUAGGUAAUUGACCCUAGACAACCAAAAGACAGAACAGAUACAAACAAAAAGGAAGUAAAUUUCGUAGUGAUUAAUUAUUUAUUUUAAAAGAUAAAAAUAUUAACACUAUUUGAAUGAUUUUUUGCUACAACUUGUAUCAUUAUAUGAAUAUUGUUAGAUAUCGUCUGUGUAAUUCGCCAACAUGCUACGCAAGUAUAUGUUCUAUUAAAACUGAGAACACAUA